GGGUUCUCCUUGUGAAGAGUGCCAUUCCCGUCUCUCUCCCUAUCAUUCAGCCAUGGCGACGGGGACGACAAAAGAAUACCUCCUCCUCCUUCUUCUCCUUCCUUUCUUCCCUUUCAAUGACGUGGCCUCCGCUGCUAGCCCCAUCAAGACAGUAGUGAUCCUUGUGAUGGAGAACCGUUCAUUCGACCACAUGCUCGGUUGGAUGAAACGUCUCAAUCCCAACAUCAACGGCGUCACGGGCACCGAGUCAAAUCCUCUCUCAACCACUGAUCCCAACUCACCUCGUUUUUUUUUCAAGGACCAGUCCCACUACGUCGACCCCGACCCAGGCCACUCAUUCCAGGCCAUACGCGAGCAGAUCUUUGGAUCGAACGACACAUCGGCUUCUCCCCCGCCAAUGAACGGCUUCGCGCAGCAGGCCUACUCCAUGACGGGGUCCACGAACAUGUCCGACAGCGUCAUGAACGGGUUCCAACCCGAUAUGGUGGCCGUUUAUCAGGCGUUGGUGGAGGAAUUCGCCGUUUUCGAUCGGUGGUUUGCGUCCGUCCCCUCCUCCACGCAGCCUAACCGGCUUUAUGUCCACUCCGGCACGUCCUAUGGCGCCACCAGCAACAUUCCAAGGUUGCUGGCAUUGGGAUACCCACAGAGGACGAUAUUCGAGAACAUCGACGCUGCCGGGUUGUCAUUCGGCAUUUACUACCAAAACAUCCCAGCCACCCUCUUCUACAGGAACCUCAGGAAGCUCAAGUACCUCACCAAGUUCCGUUCCUAUGGCCUGGAAUUCAAGAACCAUGCCAUGAAUGGAAAACUGCCUAACUAUGUGGUAGUGGAACAGAGAUACAUGGACACCAAGAUUGAGCCCGCCAACGACGAUCACCCAUCCCACGAUGUCUAUCAGGGCCAGAUGUUCGUCAAGGAGGUCUACGAGACACUUCGCGCCAGCCCCCAGUGGAAUGAGACAUUGCUGGUGAUCACGUAUGACGAGCAUGGCGGGUUCUAUGAUCAUGUGCCAACCCCGGUCAGGGAUGUGCCUAACCCAGAUGGGAUCAUUGGGCCUGAGCCGUUCUUGUUUGGGUUCAACCGGUUGGGUGUUCGGGUCCCUACCAUCCUCGUCUCCCCAUGGAUCAACAAGGGUACUGUGGUUCAUGGGCCCAACGGGUCGCCAUUCCCUUCCUCAGAGUUUGAGCAUUCGUCAAUUCCUGCCACAGUGAAGAAGCUCUUCAACCUGUCCUCUCCCUUUCUAACAAAGAGGGAUGCAUGGGCCGGCACAUUUGAAGGGCUAUUGCAGGGCAGAAGUGAACCAAGAACUGACUGCCCAGUUCAUCUCCCAACCCCAACAAGGAUUCGAAACAGAGAUGCGAAUGAAGAUGCCAAACUCAGUGAGUUCCAGGGCGAACUCAUCCAACUCGCAGCUGUUCUGAAGGGGGACCACCUCCUGACGAGUUACCCUGAAAAGAUUGGCAAGCAAAUGACCGUAAAGGAGGGAAAGGAGUACAUGGAGAAUGCCCUCAAUCGCUUCUUUGGGGCAGGACUCUCCGCAAAGAGAAUGGGUGUGGAUGAAGAAAAGAUAGUUGAGAUGAGACCCUCACUCACUACAAGAUCCUCUCCUUCAACCACACACCCUUAAAUACAACCUUAAUGAUUUUGUAUUACGAAAAUGUGUUAUUAGCAGUCACAAGAUAAGUGUUUGAAAGAAAAAUAAUUUGCAAUUUUUAUGAAGAAGAAAUGUCUCCUCAUAGUCUACUAUAAGCUUCUUUGUUCCCCUU